CUCGGAGAGUUAGAAGUCGAGUGGAUAAAGACAAAUGAAGAAAUCCAGGUGCUGCUGUUUAUGGAGGGGCGGUACAGAGCGGAGUCACAGCCUGAGAGAUUCAGAGGGCGUGCUGAGUUCUUCAGUGAGGAGAUUCCCAAAGGCAACUUCUCUCUGAAACUGAGGGAUGUUAAAACUGAAGACAGAGGGGAAUUCAUGUGCAGAGUCCAUACAGACAGAAAAUCAGUCAAUGCAACGGCUUGGCUACAAAAACAGGGUUUUCCCUCCUCACAUGUGUGCGUCCUGGGUUUCACCGUGGCUGCUGCAGUGUUAGCAGUUGUAAGCAGCAUUCCUGCUGUUUGCUGCAUAAAAAAAGCACAAAAAGAAAAACGAAAGGAAGUUAAAAGCAAGGGGGUUGUGUUGCUAUAUCACCUUCAAGUUUCCAUUCCAUGCAUCUUGUUAACCAUCGCCUUUGCCAUAUGGGGUAAAAUUGAAAGCUCUGUUGGAGAGGCCUAUGUUUGCAGUAUUAUACAUUUUGUGAGGAUCCUAGUGAUAUUUAAGGUGGCUCCAUAUGUACUUCCUGGUACACGUUAUGAGAGAUUAACAAACAUGGCACUGCCUUUGGAGUCGUUUCUCAUUAUAAUAGGGAUAAAUUCUGGGUUCAUGCAUUCCUCGGGGUAUGAGUACCAAUCUAUUUUAUUGCAACUGGAAAUUUUGUUUCUGCUUUUCACACUUUCUACAUUCGGUUUUACAGCAGUGUUCCUGUUAUGGAUGAUGAUCCCGAGUGUGAGGCGAACACUGUCUUUUUGGCAGUCAGAUCUGAACAGGAAAAAAUAUGGAUAUUUCAUUGAGAAAGUCAUUGAAGUGCUUAAGGACAUUCUUAGAAGUAUAUUCUACCUUCUAUUUCUGCACAUCCUUUUAGAAAAGGAUAAACAACAACGUGCACUGGUGUGUUUGGUGGCGUUCCUCUCCAUCCUGAAUGCAGUAGUGCGUUUUAAUCACAGGAUUAAUCUACCUGGUACAGUAUCAUCAUUACAUCCAUGCAUUUUAUCAUCGGUUAUGGUGCUUUAGUAGACCAUGAACUGGUUGUCAUUCAAAAAACAAAUAUAUUUGUUUCAGGAGUAACUGUAAGAACAGAAAAAGAAGAAUAAAAACAUAAAAACUGGAAAAUGACAAAUAAUUCAAAAUUACAUCUACAUUUAAUAAAUACAUGUCUGUAAUGAACAUUUUCAUGCAAGUAAAAAAUAAUGUAUUUUUUUCUCAAGCAUUGCAGGUAUUUUUAGCUUAA